GUGGCCUCCAACCUGGGCAGGCUCAUCCUGAAGGAGGAGAUGGAGAAAUCGCUCCCAGUCCGGAGGAAGACGCGCUCCCUGCCAGACCGGACUCCCUUCCACGCCCCUUCGCAUGGCGGAAGCACCAAAUCGGCAUCGCUCCAGGCCUCUGGGAGACACACGCUUGCCCGGCUGCAGUCGACCGAGUUUGGAUCCGGCAGCAGUGACAGGGGCAGCCCAGGUCUGCAGAACGGCCAGAGAAGCCGCAUGGACAGAGGCAGCUCCCUCCCCAGCAUGCUGGAGCAAAAGAUUUAUCCCUACGAGAUGCUGGUGGUGACCAACCGAGGGCGAGUCAAACUGCCGCCCGGAGUGGACCGGACGCGACUGGAGCGGCACCUGUCACCCGAGGACUUCCAGCGGGUCUUUGAGACGUCCCUGGAGGAAUUCUCCCGCCUGGCCCU